AUGAUGAUGGAAGACGACCCCAGUGAAUUCAGUAAUGAAGAAGAAAAUAUGGACGAUGAGGAUUUUUCGCUUAGGAUUGCCAAUGAGAGUGAAACCGAUAAAUCAGGAGCAUCCGCAGAUGAAGUAGUAAAACCACAAAAGAAGCAAAAAUCCACAAAAAAGCGGAAAUCAUCGAGUACUAAACGAAAGUCAAAGAAAUCCGAUACAAAAGAAGUCAAGGUAACCAUCAAAUUAGGAGAUAUGGACACUACUGUCGCGAGUAGUAGCAUUUCUAAAGGCGAAAACGAUGACGAAAAUGACGAAGCUUCAGAGGAGCCUACACAACAAAAGAAAAAAAGAAGAGCAAGAAAACCCAAAAAUACUAUGGUAGUAGAUCCUAAUAUUCCUCCCGAUGCACAGCUUCCUGUAAAGUUUGGCACGUCACAAGUCGUUUCACUUGGAAGAAUUGAGUAUAAUAAUCCAAAUUAUCACAACGACAGAUAUAUUUUCCCUAUUGGAUACAAAGCUGAAAAAAAUUACAUGUCUUACAAAAAUCCAGGAGCUAAAGCCAUCUAUACAUGUGAAAUUUUGGAAGGAGAUGAUGCACCUAUUUUCAAGAUUACUCCCUCUGACGACACAAUUUCAUAUACCUCUUCAACACCAAGUGGUGCCUGGUCAGCAGUAAUUAAGACCGUACAAGAAUCUAGAAAUAAGAGCAUGAAGACAUGCACUGUAUCAGGUCCAGAAUAUUAUGGUUUGUCAAAUUCUAAAGUAAGACAUCUGAUUGAGCUUCUUCCCAAUGCUGAAAAAUGUACCCAGUACAAGAGAAAGUUUGUAAAUCCAGAAGAAGAUAACGAAUCCCAAUCUACCAAAAAGAGAGGCCGAAAGAAAAAGGAAGAAAAGACAGAAGAUUCUUUGACGACAAAAAGAAAACGAUCAUCAAAAAAUGUACAUGAUUUGGAUGGAGAGAGUGAGAAAGAAAAUGAAGAAUUGAAAACUAAAAAGAAGAAAUCUAAUCAAAUCAAAUCGGAAGAAACGGAAAAUGAAGAGGAAGAAGAAAGUGAUGAAGAACCGUCAAAUGUUUUAAUUUUCAAAGAUCCUCUCUUUACUGACGAAGGUAUUCCAGAUGCUGUAUCCAAAAUUUAUAGGGAGGGGCUUCCAUUCCUGAGAAAGUAUCAACAUACAAAUUAUACUGAUAACAUUACGACCUUUGAUGGUCAUAAUGAGCUUAUUUAUUUGAAAUACAACUGCUAUACACAAAGUGAAGUGCAGGAAUUUGUCAAAGACUGUUCGAAUGCUGUAAAACAGGCCCAAUUAGAAUUACUUCCAGAAGAAACAUCUAGGAAAAAGGAUGCCGAUAAGGAAAAACUUCAAGUUGAGAAGUACGAAAAAUCUGAAACAAGGACUCCAAAAGAAAUUUUAAAUAGCAUGUGGGAGCUUCCUUACGUUUUUACUUCAUUGGAAUUUCUUAGGCCUGUACUAAAAAUUGCUGAAUUUGAUUAUGAUGAAUUUGAGGAUGCAUUACUGCAUCCAGAAUUGUGUAAUGGUUUAAUGGCAGAUCUCAUCAUUCGAUUGAUUAAGGGCCCUGCAUUGGACCGGAAAUCACAUGCUUUGCUGGAUCCUGCUUCCAUAAGGUGGAAAACAGUCCUGAAAAACAAGAUUGAUACUCUGCAACCAAACUAUAGACUGUGGCAAGUUAGUCCAUUAUUACUCACCACAUAUGACGAGAUUUCUCCUCAAUGGAGACUCAUUAUUCUCAAAGCUCUUUUGGAUUGGAAGUUUGAUACAAAUCAGAGAGUUAUCGAUUAUUCAAGGAAUCAUUAUGGUCUGGGCAUGCUGUUUGAACCCAUUGCAAAGGAAAAGGGUGUAAAAUAUUGGUAUUUUGGUGACCACAUUGGAAGACUCUACAUUGAACAUCCUCCUUCUUCUAAAUCGAAUGGAUCUUGGGAACUUAAAUGUUCAUCCGUUGAAGAAUUCGAAAAGUUCUUGGAAGAACUUAAGUCUAAGAAUGAAUCAUCAGAAGAAAAAGCAUCUCUUGUGGAAUAUAUCGAAACUGUGAUAAGAAAUUUGAAAAACAAUGAAGACACUAGAAAGAUUGAACAGAAACGCCAGGAUAGAGAGAAUAUGUUAGUGAGACGAGCGAGAGAAAGAGAAGAAGAGGAUCGAGAACUUCAAAAGCAACACGAACUCGAAACAAAGGCUCUUCUGGAAGAAAUUGAACAUGAAAAGGAAGAGGCUCCCUUGGCAGACCAAAGUGCAGCUGAAGGCUCUGAAGCUAACGAUGUUCACACAACCAAAUUGAGAAGUGGUAGAGCUGUUAAAAAUAUUAACUUUUCUGUAUUUGGAGAAGAAGAAGACGGAGAAGGAGGCGAUGAAAAGCGUAGUCUUAGGCCAAGAAGAAGGAAAUCUUAUAAAGAAUCAGCAGAAGAUGACGAAAAACGAAACAAAGACGAUGAGGAAUUUGUUCUGGAUGAAAAUGAAGAUGACGAUGAAGAGGAGUAUGAAAAUGAAGACGAUGAUGACGAAGACUUUAGCUCAGAAGAAGAGGAAUAUGUUGACAAAAAGAAAAGAACCUCUUCUAAAUCCAACAAAGCUGUCUCUCAACCAAGUAUGCAACAACAAACACAACAGCUGAAAAAACCAACAUCUCAGCAGAACAACCUAAGAAUGCAAGUGAACAAUGUCAGUGGAGUACAUCUUUCUGGUAUUGGAAUGAACAUGAUGCAAACAUCCAUGAAUCCAAUGGCACUAAACGCUCAAAGAAAUGCAGCCAAUCAAAACUCUAAAAGAGGACAACAACCUCCAAUAAUGUCUCCCAAUCGACAAAUGCCUCAAAACAAUGUGAACAACAUGUUAAGAGCACAACAACUGAACCAACUUCAAAGACAGCUACAGAGCGGCGCAAUUACUCCACAGCAGUUGUUGCAACUUCAGCAAAAACAAGGUCAACAACCUGGUUAUCAAAUACCAAACCAGCUACCGCAACAACAAGCACAACAACCCCUUCUAGGCCUUACGCAACAACAACUUGCCUUUUUGAUGAAAUCCAUACAAGAGUAUCAGCAACGAAAUGCUGGCUCAAUCCCACCUUCUGUUCCUAACAAUAACCCUACACAAACAAACGGUCCUGUUGGUAUUCCUCAGAGCAAUCCAUUCGUCAGUGCUUUGCAACUCAGAAAAAUGAUCAGUGACAAUCAAUCUGCUGAUGGAAAUGGAAGUGCAUCUAUUCAACGCCCUGGCCUACCACAACAACCUAUCCAACCAACUUCUCAACCCUUAACUCCACAACAACAGGCCUCUCAGCAAAAUUUGAUCUUGCAACUUCUUCAACAGCGUCAAGGCAUUGCCAAUAAUCAAGCAGCAAACAUGACCAAUCUUCAACAACAGCCUCCUUUGAACAUAUUGGCUCAAUCAUUGCUUUCUCAACAACAAAGGCAACAACAGAUGCCAACUAUGCCUAUUCCUCUUCAACAACCUCAAAUGCCUGUGCAACCUUUACAACCUAUUCAACCACCUCCACAGCCACAACAACAACCAACACAGCAAUCCCAACAAUCAGAUUUGGAUGAUUUGUUUUUUGGCGAAGAUUCGUUUACUUAA